UUGCACGCAAACACUCCAUAGCCAGAUCUGCAAAACAAUUCUCCUCUCGGCUGCCGAUAGUGAUUUCCGCACUAACAAAAUCGCCACAGAAGAAGGGUAUUUCAGUUUGGUAGUACUCCUGUGCGUCAGCUGUUUAUCAGUAAUCUGUAUCUUGAGUACUUUUUCGGCGUGAGAAGAUGAGUAGUCCAGCAGAUCCGCUUGACCACCAACCCACCGGCAUCGAUUCCAUAUCGAAUGAAGAAAUAGGAGCCGACGAGUGCGCCGCGGGCAUAGCUCAGAUGUCCGUCAAAGAGGCGCGUGCACUGUCGACGGUAGCCGAAGCUGACGAGCUGGAUUCUUCUAAUGGAAGCACAGAGCAGCACGUCUCAACAGUUCUAGACGGAGAUCAUGGUUCGAAAUCAAGGACUCCGAAUGUGAUUGAUGUCGAAAGGGAAAAGAGCGGCUGGGUUCGACGUCACAGACACGACGCAAUGCCUGACGAACGAGCGGCUAGUGCAAAUAGGAUUAGUGCACUGGAACUAGCAUUUAGAGGAUUUGCUGAGAGGAAAGGAGAUGCAGUUGUGGUGCCUUUUUUGGGCUUGACAUUUGAUUCGCUAGGAGAAGCUUACGACUACUGCAACCUGUAGAUCUUUAAAAAAAACUAUUGCAACCUGUAUUCAUGGGAGUGCGGUUUUGGAAUCAGGUACGGGAAGAGCCGUACAAAUGUCAAAGGUGCUAAAAGCAUGCAAAAGCUGCUGUGCAACUG